AUUUCAUUGCUGGACUCAAGGAUGUUUCGGUUACAAUACCACAAGCGGUGAAACGAGGCAGCAAUGCAUUGCUCAUAUGCAAUUACGAUAUGGAAAAUGAUACUUUAUAUUCGGUAAAAUGGUAUAAAGGACGUCGAGAGUUUUAUCGCUAUACACCAAAGGAAAAUCCGGCAAUGAAAGUUUUCCCCGUGGCCGCCGGACUGAAUAUAGAGCGCAAUCUCUCCAAUCAGAGCCAUGUCGUGCUGCUGGCCGUGCCACUCAACAUAUCCGGAAAGUUUACGUGCGAGAUUUCCGUGGAGGCGCCAACCUUCCAGACCGCCAUGGUCUCGGGUGAACUGGAAGUUGUGG